UUGUGCGGCACAACUUACUCAGAAAACUGACGCGUUUCUCUGGCAUCAUAACGAUCACACGAUGGUGCUGACGAAGUGCCAGACAGGAAAAUAUGUAUAAAAUGCUGCCAGCCUUGAGAGAAACUGCAGGUCAACAACAUCAGCUCUACUUAACUCUACAAUCAUGUCUAAUGAAAGAAUUGCGCUCUGGGAACCGAUUCAAAAGCCAUCAUCUAGGCUAGGGCGAUAUCGCGUAUUAUCCCCUCAUGCCGGCGUCCAUGUCUCGCCCUUGCAGCUCGGUGCCAUGAGCAUCGGUGACAAGUGGGAGAAGUUUGGGAUGGGCAGUAUGGACAAGGCAUCCUCAUUCAAGCUCCUCGACGCCUUCUACGAUGCUGGGGGAAAUUUUAUUGACACCGCCAAUAACUACCAGGAUCAAAGCUCUGAAGAGAUCAUCGGAGAGUGGGCAGAGGAACGAGGGAUCCGUGACCAGCUUGUGAUCGCUACAAAGGUAACAUUGGGAUUCGGUGAAUAUAUUUCGAUGCUGAUGCAUCUAUAUUCAAGUACACGACCGGUUACCAGCGCGGCAACGACGUCAUUCGCCAGAAGGUAUCAUAUACCGGUAACAACAGUCAAGUCAAUGCACCUGAGCGUUGAGGCCAGCUUGAAGAAGCUGAGGACUUCAUACAUCGAUAUUCUGUACGUGCACUGGUGGGACUGGGACACCUCUGUCGAAGAGGUCAUGAACGGUCUGCAUGUACUAGUACAACAAGGGAAAGUGUUGUAUCUCGGCAUCUCGGACUCUCCUGCUUGGGUGGUGUCCAAAGCGAACCAGUAUGCUCGGGAUCACGGAAAAACACCGUUUGUGAUCUACCAAGGUGCUUGGAACGUCAUGCUUCGGGAUUUUGAACGAGAUAUUAUACCAAUGGCUCGCUCUGAAGGUCUUGCGCUUGCCCCUUGGAACGUCCUUGCCGGUGGUAAACUUCGAACCGAUGAAGAAGAGGAGCGCCGCCGGCAGACGGGAGAGAAAGGCCGCACGCUCACAAAUCCCAAUUGGGAACGCAACGAGACGGAGAGAGUGAUGAGCGCAGCACUCGAGAAGGUCGCCAAAGAAGUCGGUGCGAAGCACAUCACAGCUGUGGCUAUUGCAUAUCUUAUGCAGAAGACGCCCUAUGUGUUCCCGAUUGUUGGUGGGCGAAAAGUGGAGCAGUUGGAGGCCAACUUGGAGUCUCUGGCGAUUUCGCUAACACCCGAGCACGUGAAGUAUUUGGAGAGCAUUGUUCCAUUCAAUUCUGGGUUCCCCUCUACAUUCAUCGGUGAUGGCAAGCAAUACAACUAUCUGUUGGGCCAUACUGCAUAUUUGGAAAAGCAGCCACAAGAGCAGGCCAUAGUUCCAGACGUCGAUUAGUACGGCACCGCUUGUAAUUUGCACAUGAUUUGAGGCGUAGCACGCUCCGGUAUUCUAAGGUGAAAUGCAAUGGUACAAUGCGUGUGUACCUUAUUCCUGAAGCCGACGGGUCGAUGAAGAACAUUUGAGCAGCUUUUGAACUGGGAUGCCAUAUGCUUGGACGACCGCUCUUGCGGCGAUCGCCACAGAUAUCACCACUUGUGGUAGAAUGCCUUUGGAACAUGCCGCACGCUCUAACACCCUUCAUCCUUUUUCCUUUGAGGCUUGUCCGAUGAAGGGGCAGCGGUUGGUUUCACUCGGUCAGACGAGAUUGUAAGCGCAUUUAGCGAUGAACGAUAAUAAGUUGCAAUGAAUAAGCAGUGAACAAGCUUGAUGGAAUCAAGAACUACA